GAGGAACGUGCUCGCUACGAGCUGUCCUGGCGAUUCUUGUUGAAAUUUACUUGCCUUGAGUCCUGGGCUCGACUUGCCUUGACUUGAGUUGACCUGAGCUGAUUGACUUUUGGCCUUGCUUCAUGAACCAUGAACCUCUGGCGAUAGUUGCAUUCCAUUGAGUAGUGGAACUACGGCCGCCAUGCGGUAUUGUUCCAUGUCCGGGAUGUAUCGAUGAUGCUCUUCCCCCCUUCCUCUUCGAUAUAGGCUUUGAGCGCAAAUCAACCCGUCGACCGCGCUCUGAGCCUCCCGCCCUAAGGUGUCCUAUCCCCAGGCUCUUGAACCUUGAACCCUUGAAUCCUUGAACCUUAACCCUGCCCUUAACCACCCUCCCUUGAAGCCUCUCCGUAAGAUCAACACCAACCCUCCGCUCUCCCACCACAGUCCGUCCAGCUCGUCUCCCACCACGACGAUGGCGUCACUUGCAAGAUUUGUUCCUGCCCCAGAGAAAUCGACACCUAUUACGUACUGGCAACGCAGUCCCACCGCCGCCAUUCUUGCAUCUCCGUUUUCCCCAUACAAAGUCGCCGCAUCUCCUGAGCGCUGGCGGAGGGGCGUCUGCGGAGCCUUGUGCGCUGGGCCAGGGAUGCCUCCUCGACCGCCGCUCCAGAACCUCGGGGGCUGGGGAUCCUUUGUUCUCUUUGGGACUUGAGUCGUCGUCUUUGCUUAGUCUUGACUCUUUGACUCUUGCUUCCCGGCUCUUGACAUGAGGUCUUUACUCCGUAUUAAGGUACCUUGCCGACUACUACUCGACUCGGCCCCUCGGCGUGACCGCUCUUCCAUCUCUCUCCCCUCCCCUCUAGGCUCUAGCCCUUGAACCCUCUAAGUGACCCUCUAAACCCCCUCCCCUCUCCUCUCCCCGCAACGCCUUCCCUCGCUCCCUUUCCCCUCGUCACUCAAUCAUAACCUCGC